GUAAACGCUCUGUAACACUGACAAGGCUUCAGGCUUUGCGUCUUGCUGUAUUUUUAGUUUAGUAUCUAUAGUCUGACUGAUGCACUUUGCAGUUGCACUAGCUUUAAACCUGGAAGACAUGCUCUGAAAUCAUUGGAGUGAUUUAGAAAGUGGAUAAACCUGCUCGUUUUCCGCAUUGGGGACUUACUUUAUAUCUUUGUGAACGUUGCUUGGAAAUGCAUUCUGGAAGGAGGCAGAGGACGCGGACACACACUUGGAUUGUUUUGUUGUGUGUGGUUUGCUCUGCUGACGGAGAGGUGUCUCGGGGCUGCCCGGGCCCCUGCUCCUGCCCUGCGUCUCCUCCGUCCUGCCCACGGGGGGUCAGCUGGGUGUGGGACAGCUGUGGCUGCUGUAAGGUCUGCGCUCAACAGUUCAACCAGGACUGUGGCCCUGAGCGGCCCUGCGAUCACAUCAAGGGCCUGCGCUGCCACCUAGGGGCCGGAGGAGACCCUCUACGCGGACUCUGCAGAGCGGAGGCUCAGGGUCGUCCGUGUGAGUUUUCUGGUCGUGUGUAUCAGCACGGAGAGGACUUCCAGGCGGGCUGCGAGCACCAGUGCAGCUGUAUGGAUGGUGUGGUGGGCUGUGUACCUCUGUGCCCGCUGCACGUCCCGCUGCCCGGCUCACACUGCGCCAACCCUCGGCUGGAGACGCCGUCCGGGCACUGCUGCCAACGCUGGGUGUGCGACAGCGACAAUAGCAUCAGAGAGGAGGAGCCCGGGCCCAAACGCACACCGCAGUACAACCACAUCAGCAAACUCCUGCAGGAGCACAGCAGCAGACCCACAGCUCAGGAGUGGUCGUCUGCUCCGGUGUCUGAGAUUCCCUUCCCUUCACCCGGAUGUUUCCCCCAGACCACAGACUGGUCUGAAUGCUCUGCUUCCUGCGGGUUCGGUGUGUCCAGUCGAGUGACCAACAGUAACGCUCAGUGCAGGUUAAUCAGAGAGACUCGCCUCUGCCAGAUCACACAGUGUGACGCCACUCCACAUCUGAAGAAAGGAAAGAAGUGUCGACGUACAACGAGGCCCCGUAAGCCGGAGCUGAUCACGUUUGCCGGCUGCUCCACAGUUCGCGGGUACCGUCCUCGGUCCUGCGGCUCAUGUGUGGAUGGUCGAUGCUGUCAGCCACGCUCGACACGCACAGUACGCAUGCGUUUCCGCUGCCCGGACGGAGAAAACAUCACAAGAAACGUCAUGUGGAUCCAGAGCUGCAAAUGCAGUAAGAGUUUCUGCAGAGCUAAGAGGGGACGAUCUUCACCCGCCGUCAGCCUUUACAAUGACAUACACACCUUUACACACUGAAAAUCCUGGUAAAAAAAAUGAUUAAAUCAGGCUAAGCUUAAACCAGCCUAAGAAUGACUAGUAUUACAGGCUAGUAUUUACAGUAUGUUACUGAAAGAAAACACCUUAAACUAGCCUAAGGUUAGCUGGUUUUGCUGGGUUUUGACCAUUUCCAGGCUGGUUUCAGCCAUUUCUAGCCUGGUCUUAGCUGGUCAGGCUGGGUGUUGACCAGCUAAAACCAGCUUGACCACCCUAGCCAGGCUGGGAGCCCAGCCAAAACCAGUUAUGUCCAGCUUAAACCAGGCUGGUCAAUCUGGUUUUAGCUAAGCUAAAGAAGCUAAAUGUCAAGCAAAAAUCAGUCCUGUAAAAUCAAUGCCCUGUAAUUGAUUUUUGGUGCGUUUUGAUGGAAAUGUUAGAUGAUAACAUGAUGUCAUUUGACAUCAGGUAGUUGUAUGCAUUGUAGGCACACAAAAUCCAGUGUAUAUUAUAAUAGUUUUUGUGUCUUUAUUUCGAUGGUCAUAAGGGCAUCAAUAUGUGGAUGUCAAAUGGACAUCAAGGUUUUGACAUCAAAUUUAUUUUCAAAUGUCCAGCUUAAUGUAGACUGGUCAAGCUGGUUUUAGCUGGUCAUCUCCCAGUCUGACCAGCUAAGACCAGGCUGGAAAUGGCCAAAACCUCCUUUAAAAACAAACUGGUCGACCAGCAAAACCAGCCAACCACCUUUGGCUAGUUUAAGCUGUUUUUUUUUCAGUAACAAGCUAAAGAUCAAGCAAAAAUCAGUCCUGUAAAAUCAAAGUCCUGUAAUCGAUUUUUGGUGCAAAUGUUAGAUGUCAAUAUGAUGUCAUCUUGACAUCAGGUAUAUUUGUAUUUUGGAACUGAAGCUUUCAGAAGAAUAAUCUUAUAUUAUAGUUUUAUAUCUUUAUUUCGAUAUCAAUGUGUCAAGGGGAUCAAUUUGUGGAUGGCAAAUGGACAUCAAGGACAUCAAAUCAAUUUGCAUCUGUCUUCUACAUUUAGGCCUAGGUGUAUAGUUUUGCACUUUAUUUGUUUUUACUUCUGCCUCGACCUGCAGGCCUGGUUCAACACUGAAAGCUGACUUUGAAUUGACAUUUGCAAAUAUAAUUCAUAAAAAACGUAAAUAUUCCAAAGUAACGAUAUAGUUAUAUUUUCAUUCAUUUUUGUAUAGUCGUAUGUGCAGUUUUUGGAUACUGCAUAAUAGGAAAAAUGCUAGACUGAACAAAAAUGUAACUUAAAAUGUUUAUUGUUUUGUUUUGUGCAGAUGAUUUGAUUGGAUAGCUGUACUCACAAAUGCCCAUCAUACUAUCUUAUUCUGAAAUGCCUUUACUGUUAAACAAAAAAAAAGUUCCUAAAUUGAUUUUUGCAUUGAUGCCAUUGAUGUACUUUGAGAGAAUGGUUCUUAAAAUAACUAUUUUUAUUGUGAAGAACAUUUUAACAAUAUAAAAACACUUUUUUACUCCAUUAAGAUGCCUUUGUGGAAUGUAAAGAUUCUCAGUUGAAGCAUGGAUGCCAUAAAGAAACUUUAAUUUUAGGGAUCUAACAUCAAAAUAAUAAGGUUAAAGGACUUCAGAACUUACUCAAAAAAUUGUUUUCAAACAUCAGACAUCUGAAAACAAGAGUACAUAUUUACUGCACAUAGUCUUCCUCUCAGAGAAACAACUAAUUCAUUAGAGAGUAAAAUAUAGCUACAGCGGUUUCCCCUGUUCAGAAACAUACUACUUUAAUUAUUGACAGUUUUGUUCUCUUAAACAUUUUUAUUUGAUAUUCCAGUGUGUCAGAAGUUCAUUUGAUAACUAAUUUGAAUCAAACAUGAAAUUUUGACUCCAUUUCAUGAGAUUUGUUCAAUACUGUGUUCAUCUUUCAGCCUAUAUUUAUUCUGUUUUAUUGUACUGCAUUGAAGUGUUUUAUAUUUUGAAGCGUAUGAUCAGAUUAAUGACGUCCUGACGCUCGAAGGGAAAGAAAAUGCACUAGUUUUGAGGUUGUUGUUGUGGAUAAAACUGAACGAGUUGCCUGAUUAAGGGAGAAAAUUAAGACUUUUUAAUAUGUUUCCGCUUUUAAAAUAAUAUAUGCUCUAUGCGUUCUUUUAUACAGCAGAGUUUUACUCAUAUAUUGAGAUGUACAGAUGUGUAAGUUUCUGUUUUUUGUGUGAAAGAGGUCAUAAUGGAGAUGUGUUCCAGUGCAUAUAUGACUGUAGGUUUGUCUUUUGUAAAGUGUACAGGCUUCACUGUAGGUGGAGUGACUCUUUUGAGACUGCUUCAUUUUUCGGGGCAAUUCUAGACUCUCUCUUGUAUACGAGUGAACGAUUAUUUGUUGAUGUUGAAUAUCAAUGACUAUAUGCUGGUCAGAUUGUGUCACAAAAAAAUAAAACAUCUUUAAGAAAACU